UGUUGCUUACUGCUUGGUUUAGGAGCGAAAAGAAAUUGAAAAAAAUGGAGCAGAUUAAAAAAAAAAAAUCCCACUUACAGUAUACUUUACCAAAGCCAUUCCAGGAAGGCAAAACCCUCUGGUCUUUCUGGAAACCAAAAAAUCCCACUUACGGUAUCGUUUACCAAAGCCAUUCCUGGAAGGGCAAAACCCUCUGGUCUUUCUGGAAAUAAAAUUUUCUUCAAAACAAAGCAGAAGAAAAUUUAACAAAACCCUCUCUCAGUAAAGGGCCAAGCUUUGUUUUUCAGUUGUUGUAUUUGGUUGGAUUCCCUGGCCACUAUGGAAAGCACUGGGGGGUCAGGGUUAGAUGCCGUUGGAUGUGCCAUAAAGAAGAAGAGGAGUAGCAUAUCACGCCGUCCACGUGUUACUCAACAGACAUUUACACAUAAUUACAUUUUAAUAUCAACACCAACACCAGCCAUAGGUAGCGGUGGCAAUGAAGAUCAAAAUUUUAAGAAUGGUUCUAAUGGAUUUGGAAGUGAAAAUAAGCUGAAACUUAAGCUCAAGCUUGGUGGGGUUACCCGUAUGAUCCGCACUCAAUCCACUGCAGAUCCUGCCUUUGGUGGUGUGCCUGACUUAACUAAGUCUUCUUAUUUUUCUGAUGCCCCUCAAACCCAAGAGAAGUCCUUUUUCCUGGACAACAAAGGCUCCUAUCUCUCUGAUAAGGGAGAAGGCUAUGGAGUUCAAUGGAAGGAUUUCUCCAGACAUGGCUCUGAUUAUGGAAAGGGGUAUUCUUCUAGGGGAAAGGCACCUGGUGCAAUUGCAGCUGUGAAUGAAACUGACAGAAACGAGCCAACUCGUAAGAGCAAGCGGAUUCCUAAGCGACGUGUCUUGGAUGUGGGUAUAAACAGUGAUGAUGAGGACGAGGAAAUCCGUUAUCUAGGGAGACUGAAUGCUUCGAAUGGUCUUUCAAAUUAUAAAGAUGAAGAGGAUGAGAGAAAGGAGAGGGAUAGUGCUAUUUUUGAGGAUGGAGAUUAUGUGGAAGAGGACGAACCUAUAUCAGAUGGUGAGCCAGGUUUUAAAAGGAAGAAGCUGGGAAGGGUAUCAAUUGAUUUGUUUGUGGAAGGAAGAACUGAAUCAACUCCCACUACACGUAAUCGAGCUCUUCAGUCUGGGAAAGAUCUCUUAUCUGGUCCUGGUGCCAGUCUUGUUGAGUUCCCUGAUGGUUUACCUCCUGCCCCACCUAAAAAACAAAAGGAGAAACUUUCUGAAGUGGCGCAACAGUUGAAAAAGGCUGAGGCUGCACAGAGACGGAGAAUGCAAUCAGAGAAAGCAGCCAGGGAAGCUGAGGCUGAGGCAAUCCGAAAAAUUCUGGGUCAAGAUUCGGGAAGAAAGAAGAGGGAGGAAAAGAUUAAGAAGCAGCGGGAUGAAUUGGCACAGGGAAAGGCUGCCAAAUUUGAAUCUCUUGCAUCAAACACUGUGAGAUGGGUUAUACGUCCUGAUGGAACAACAGUUAUAUUUUCUGAAGAUAUGGGUCUACCAAAGCUAUUCAAUUCAGUGCCAUGCAGUUAUCCCCCACCGCGAGAAAAAUGCGCAGGUCCAAAUUGUACAAAUACAUACAAGUAUCGAGAUUCAAAGUCAAAGCUUCCCCUGUGUAGUCUUGAUUGCUACAAGGCAAUACAUGCGAAGCCUCAACCUUUGAUUGCAUGCUGAGAUGACGUUCCUUGAUUUCAGGUGGAAAAAAAAAAUCAUUUUGGCAUAUUUUUGUGAGAUGAGAA